UAGRUAUUAAAGAAUAUGCAACAAUGGUUUGAACAAGACCAAACAAACAUCAAACAGGUACAAUCAUCAGAUACAAAGUUUCAUUCAGUAUCAAGAUCACCUAAAGAAAUGGACAAGUUAUUAAUACUUAAAACAUUCACUGUUGAAGCUGAAACAAUAACUGGACAACAUAUUUGUGUAUCUGGUAACUGCCCAACUCUCGGUAAUUGGGAAGUGAACAAGGCAUUUGUUCUAAAUAACACAAAUGUGAUACGUAUAAGAAAAAAUCGAAAAUACUGUGUUUGGACUGGAUCUAUUCAUUUGCCACCUGAUCAAGAAAUAUUCUUUCGUUAUUUCAUGGCAUAUAUUAUAGAACCUGAUGAAGAAUUUGUGAAACAAAGACAUAUUUUUGUUCAUUCGUGGGAGUCUCAACCGGAACCUAGACGUGUACAAGAUGAAACUCAAAUAUCAAGUAGUGAUAGGGCUUUUCAAAGUGAUAUGUAUGGUAUGAAUGAUAAAAAACUAAUAAGCAAAGGUUUUUUAACUACAGAAUGUGCUAUUCAGUUUAAAUUAUUUGAUACUCCUAUUACAUUCUGGAAUUCUAAGCUACAAAGUAAAAUGAAUUUAGUUAGUGUAAAAAUGACACCGAUUCCUUUGUCAAAAUUGUCAGCUGAUUCUGGAGACACAUCUCCUAACACAAGCAGUUUCAUACACGAAGAUUCAAGCUCACAAGGAACUGAUUAUAUUGAGAAACAUUUUGGAUGGCCAUAUGUAGAAUGUGUGGUAAAUAUUUUUAUUCAUUUUCCUGCAGAACCUAAACCCAGAUAUAGUUUAAGAUUUAUAUUUAAAGAAUCUUCUGAUGAACCUCCUUUCCAUAUUGGUUUCACUCACAUCCUACCGAGUAAUAUGAAAUAUAGUAAUGGAACAAUUAUAUCUCCCAUCACAAGUGUUCGACAUAAGCCAAUAGGAGAAAUUAAAAUUGAUUAUUUAAUUAUUAAGCCAACUAAAGAUAUCAAAUGUACUUUAGAACAAGUGAGAUUGACAGAUUGGAAAAGUAACGAUGUUCCAUUAGAUAUUGGCCAUAGAGGAUCAGGUUCAUCAUUUACACAUAUUUUAUCAGAUUGUUCACAUAUUCGUGAGAAUACAAUAGCAUCAUUGAAAGAAGCAGCAGAUAAAGGGGCUGAUUUGGUUGAGUUUGAUGUACAACUUACUAAAGAUUUGGUACCUAUUAUUUAUCAUGAUUUUGUAGUAUCAAUGGCAACAAAAUCUAAAACAAAUAUUUUAGCUGAAGAAGUUGAAAUGAUUCAAAUUCCGUUGAAAGAUUUUACUUUCGAACAAUUACAAAAACUUAAGAUUUAUCAUAUUAAAGAACCUUAUACUCUUUCUGAAACUCACUUUCUUAAUGAUGUUAGAAAUGAUUAUCAACCUUUUCCAAAACUUGAAAAAGCAUUUGCAGAUGUUGAUACCAGUGUUGGAUUUAAUAUUGAAUUGAAAUGGACAAUGAAACUUCAGGAUAGAACCUAUGAACUUGAGAAUCCAUUUGACAUGAAUUUAUUUGUUGACACCAUACUUAAAACCACAUUUGAAUGUGCAGGUUCACGAAGUAUUGUGUUUUCUUGUUUUCAUCCUGAUGUCUGUAUUAUGCUUAAAAUGAAGCAAAAUCGGUAUCCUGUAUUGUUUUUAACUCAAGGUGUUACUACCCGAUACCCUUCAUAUGCUGAUCCUAGAUGUCAUUCAAUACAAAACGCUGUUUACCAUGCUACUUGUCAUGAUUUAUUGGGAGUAAAUGUUCACUCUGAAGAUUUAUUGCGUGAUCCAUUACAAAUAGAUAUUGUUAAACAAGCUGGACUUGCGCUAUUUUGUUGGGGAGAUGAUAAUAACUGUAAGGAUGUAGUCAAUAAAUUCAAAAAACUAGGCGUAAAUGCUGUUAUAUACGAUAAGUUGGACAAGAUUGAGUUAUUGAAAAAAAAAGAUUCUUGUUCUACUAAAAAUCCUGAUGUCUUCAUUGCCAAUAAUUAUUGUGAUCAAAACGACAUACUUUUAUCAAACCAACAAUCACUUAAUGAUGAUCCACAUUUACGUGAAGCGGAAAAAGACAGUAAUAAAUAUUUCAUGGAUGUUGGUAAGGCCAGUUUUCAGAAUCAAUGUUCUUCAACAGAAACAUUAUGGAAUGAAAAGAUAAAUGAUUCUAAGUCGCAAACAAGAAAACAGAGAUAUGACUGUAUUGAUGACGGUACAUUGGAACCAGAUAUUAAACCAACUAAAUCAAAAAAAUCUAAUGCUGAUAUUUAGAAAAUUAGUUAGAAAUCAAUGCUAUCUAAAUUUGAACGAUACAAAAUAAUCAAAAUAAAUUGUAUUUAUUAUAUAUUUUAAUAAAUGUAUUUUAAUACAUUAUUAACUAACAAUUGUUAAAAACUUAUCAGCGUAAGAAUAGAAAUUAUUUAUAAGCUACAAAGUUUAAAUUUAAGUAUUGAUUGAGUUAAUUAUUUAAUAGAAACAUGAUAAUUUGAAAACAUAACAAAAAUGUAUUUAUACUGGCAUUUAAUUAUAAAUGUUUUAAUUCUUUUGGAUAAAUGCAUUUUGGUGCUGUAAUAUAAUUUAUAUUAAUCUACUAC